CGGGGCUUUAACUUCCAUGUCAACAAAAAAAAAGUUGAAACGUCAACAGUGAAUGGAUUGCAUCUUCAGAGCAUAGGAGGAUUAUCACGGGAUGUCUAAUAAAGAAGUUAAGACGGCACUGAAAAGUGCCAGGGAAGCCAUAAAAAACAAAGAGUUCAAAGAGGCUCUAAAACACUGCAAGGCUGUUUUAAAACUUGAGAAGAACAAUUACAAUGCCUGGGUGUUCAUCGGCUUGGCAGCCAGUGAGCUGGAGCAGCCAGACCAGGCACAGACAGCGUACAGGAAGGCCCUGGAGCUGGAGCCUGAGCAGCUGCUGGCAUGGCAGGGAUUAGCAAAUCUGUAUGAGAAGACCGACCAGUGGGAUUUCAAAACUGAGUUACCUGAUGUCUAUCAGAAGCUUAUUGAACUUUAUUCAAGUUCUGAUAAAAACAAAUGUUAUGAGGUGAUCAAAAAAGUGUCAGAUAUCUAUCAGUCAGACAAAGAAUAUUUAAAGCUGGCAAAGGUUUGGCUACGGCUCAUCCAACUGAAGGAGGAAGACGCUUCGGAGAAGACCGAGCUGCUGCAGCUAUGGCAACAGAUGACCCGUCUCCUCUCGGAUUGCAUGGAUAUGGAGGAGCCGGACAACGAAACUCAGCAGCAUUUAAUCACAGCGUUUGAGAAGGCCAUGGCUCUCACUGAUCCUGUGCCAGGAGAGGAGCACAGGAAGCUCUCAGCUGACUAUGUCAAAUGCCUCUCUAAACUGUCACAUGAAGAGGCCAAAAUGAAAGAAGCAUGUGAGUCCAUGCUGUCCCUCUACCCCACCCAAAGUUAUCCUCUUGAAAUCCUUUGUUCUCACUAUAUCAAAACAGGUGUCCAGAGUGAGGAUGCAGCCAAUUGUUUCUCCCGGCUCCUAGAAAGGGUCCCUGACUCUGAGUUAGGUCACCUUGGUUUGGGCAUGAAAGCUCUUCAGGAGGGCAAAUAUGAAGAUGCCAUUAAAAAUCUGGAACGAGGGUUGAAGAAAACAGGCUCCAGUACAGGGUGGUGCAGCCUGGCUGAGGCCCAGCUCAAAAUGCACAGAUACUCUGACUGUGCUGCAUCUUGCCUCCAAGGUCUGACACUUUGUGCGUCUGGAGACAAAGAACUGAGGCUCCGGCUGCAAACGCUGAGGCUAGAGGCUCUGGUCAGGAGUGGGGAGGAGAAGGCUGCAGACCAGGCCUUGGAGAUAUUCUCACAGAUUCCAGCUUCUGAAAAAGACCCAGCUCUGAUAGUCUUUAAAGGAAGAGCUUAUCUGAAUAAAGGACAGCUUGAACAAGCAAAUCAGGUGUCAUCUGAGUUGCUGGCCUCUCAUCCUAACCUGGCCCAGACAUUGGCACUGAGAGGGCUGGUACAAUUAACCCAAGGCCAGCAGCACCAGGCAGAACAGAGUUUCUUGGAGGCAGCAGGCCUGAGCCCAAACUGUGGGGAGUACUUUUUCCUUUUGGGGCGGCUCUAUUGGGACAUGGGGGAAGAGACCCGCCGAGACCGGAGCAAAGCCCAUACACACUUGCUCAAGGCUGCAAAGCAGGACCCAAACCUUGGCUGUGUGUUCCGCUACCUUGGACAUUAUUACCGGGAGGUGGCGAAGGAUCGCGGCCGUGCUCGAGGCUGCUACAAGAAGGCCUUUGAGUUGGACAGUAGUGAUGCUGAGUCAGGAGCUGCCUCUGUGGAUCUCAGCAUGGAACAGGAGGAUAUGGACACUGCCCUGACAAUACUUCAGUCAGUGAUUGACAAAGCCACUCCAGGCUCGGCCAAGUGGGCCUGGAUGAGACGAGGCCUUUACCACCUGAAGGUUGGACAGCAUCAACAGGCUAUUGCUGAUUUGCAGGCAGCACUGAGGGCAGAUCCUGAGGAUUGGGUGUGUUGGGAGUGUCUGGGCGAGGCCUACCUAAAUCGCCGGAGCUUCACAGCAGCACUGAAGGCUUUUGGUAAGGCCCAUCAGCUUCAGCCGACCUCCAUCUAUAGUGUCUAUCAGGCAGCGGCUAUCAAACAGACUCUGGGCAAGUUCAAAGAAGCUGCUGCAGAGUACCUGCAGAUCACGACAAGGGAGGACUAUGUGCCUGCUCUUAAAGGUCUGGGGGAGUGUUUACUGUCCCUUGCAAAAGGUUUAAUGGAAGAUUACAGAGAUGGAGGGGCCAUAGACCUUCUCCAGCAGGCUAUAAAAAACCUUUUCAGGGCAGUGGAGCUGCGUCCAGACCUGUCCUGUCUGUGGAAGCUUCUGGGGGACUCCUGCACCACCGUCGGCAUUGUGUCACCAAACAGAGCCCUGGUUCUAGUCCCAGGCCCACUGGCUGGUUUAGACCCCAUCACCCAGAGUCACACUCUCAACCAGGCCCAGACUCUCAAAGUUGGUGAGAGGUGCUACGGUCGUGCUUUAAAGCUGAUGCCUGAAGCCCCCAGCCUUUGGUAUGACCUAGGACUCAACUACCAUCGGCAGGCCAACCUGCCCUGCCCUGCAGAGGGAGACCAGAGCUCUCUUGUCCAGCUCCUGGAGAAGGCCCAACAGUGUGUUAAAAAGGCGAUCAUGAUGGACAGUGGGAACCACAAUUACUGGAAUGCCCUGGGAGUGAUUGCCAUGAGCAAAGGCCUUGAGAAUUUUGCCUUGGCUCAACAUUGCUUCAUCAAGUCCAUACAAGUUGAAGCAAAUAAUGUUGUUGCCUGGACCAACCUUGGUGCCCUGUAUUUGAAGAAGGAAAAUAUAGAGCUUUCUCACGAGGCCUUCAAAAUUGCUCAGUCCUUGGAGCCGCUCUAUGUCAACUGCUGGAUUGGACAGGCGCUGAUUGCAGAAACAGUGGGAAGCUACGACACGAUGGACCUCUUUAGGCACACCACUGAGCUCAGCACGCAUACAGAGGGAGUGAAGGGCUAUGCUUACUGGGUGUGUGCCACCCUGCUGGAUAAGAGCAACAGGGACUCUGAGCUGUACCGCUACAACAUAGUCCAGAUGAACGCUGUCUCUGCUGCUCAGGUGGCACUUACCAAGUACACAGAGAGGAUCCAGUCUGACCCCGAUGCUUUCAUUAUGCUGGGCUACCUGAACGAACAUCUGCAGCUGAAGAUGCAGGCUGUCCAGGCUUACCAAAGAGCUGUUGAGCUGCUUCAGUCCAUGUCCUCUACAGAGGAACUGGCUUUUGCGCUGGGCAGCUAUGGACGUGCAUUAUGCACCUCAGGUCGGUGGGAGGAGGCGGUGCAGUGUUACUCUUCUACUCCACUACAGGAGCUGUGUGACCUGGCUGGACUGGCUCUGGCCUACUUCAGGUCUGGACUCAUCCCAGAGAGCAUCAGUGCCUAUGAGCGAGCCCUGGCUGUGGCGUCCACUGAGAAGGAAAAGGCUUACAUUUUGACAGCUCUAGCCCUGCUGCAGCACAAGCAGGGUAACUUAGACUCAGCCAAGACUCUGCUGUUCAAAUGCUCUGUGUUAAAGGAGCCAAUCCCAGGGUCUCUGCUGUGUUUAUGUGCUCUGGGUUUGGUCCACCGGGACGCUACGCUUGCUGGUGCUGCCCUGACGGAGCUGCUGAAGCAAGGCGCGGCCACUGGGAGUGCUGUGGAGCAGCGAUGUCUGCUCACCUGCACACUGCUGGCCCUGCAGGGCAACUACAGCGCUGUGCAGAGAGAGGCUGCCAGAGCUGUACACAGCAAUCCAGGCAACCCAUCUCUGUGGGCCCUGCUGUCAAGAUUGGUGCCACAGUACUGCCCCAAAAAGGCCAACGGUGGUGCAGUUGCUGGCCAUGUUGCCUGUUUGUCUAGCAUGACCCAAGGAAAGAGGGCAUUGUUGUACAGUGGCGUGAACCAGGUGGCUAGUGGGAGACACUCAAGAGAGGACAGCCACAGGAACGCACUGAGGACCAUGCAGAGAGCUGUGCUGCUCUGCCCUGACGACCCUGCGGCAUGGGCGGGAUUAAUGGCUGCCUGUCACACAGAAAACACUUCCGGCUUCCUCUCUGGCUCUGCACCUCUCAGACAAGGAUUAGAGCAGACCCUGAUGUCAGUGGUCUCUGAGAAAGUGCGUAGCGUAGUGGACAUAGAGCACCCUCUAGCCCAGGCUCUGGAAGGUUGGGUACUGCAGCAGGCAGUGACUGGUCUCAUGCUGGGAGGACAGCUGGAGCAAGCUGAGGCCCUCUGCUCAAAGGUGCUGAGUGUUUCCCCAGAACACCCUGCGGUAGUACUGUUGCUGAGACAGGUGCAGUGUCAGCGCCUCCUCUUGGCCAGUGGUGGUACUGCCCUCCCAGACUCCGUGCUGGAGCAGCUCAGCAGCGCUGUCAUGGUUAACCCCACCAACCUUGGAGCAUGGCAUUGGCUGGCUGAGGUGUAUCGUAGCCAGGGCCUGCUGGUCCAGGCAGUCACGGCUUACAGACAGAGCCUGCAGCUUGCUUCACAGUUGGGCAUGCACAGCAGCCAGGUAGCCAUCCUGCUUCGACUGGCCCUGCUGGCCUUAGGAUCCUGCAUGGCUGGUGUCCCAGGUAAUGACUGGAAGGACCUUGUGCUGGAAGCCACCACUGAAGUGCUGAAGCUGGGCUCAUCCCCUAUGGCCCUUCUCUUCCAGGCACUGCUGCAGUUUGCCACCAAGAUGACAGCUAGGGAAACCAGGCGUUUGUUGGAGAGGCUGGUGUCUGUCCCCUCUGGGGACGUCCCUGUCACAGUAAUGCAGGUAGCCAGCUGGUACCUCCUCAGACAUCUACAUGCCAAAAAUGACCAGGAGCUGAUGGAUCGCCUGUUGGAACAUGCCAAAAUUAACAGAGAUCAGAGAUUGCUGGAGUUUUAUUCACUGCUCAGCGCCUCAUCCUCCUGAACCCUCACUACACAGACCUGACAGGCAAUACCCUACCAAGCCUGCAACUGCCUCCACACAAAAAAUAGUUUAUGAAUUUAUUCAAAGCCUGCUAAAAGCAUUACAUUCAACAUUCAUUCAUUGACUCUCAGCAUUCUUAACUAAAUAUGGCAUCAUUUUGACUGUUCACUGAAGUGAAAACAUCAGAUUACAGCUGAAUACAGGAUAAUGGGGUCCACUGGAUGGUAAUAAAUAUGGUCUGAUGAUUUCAUUGAAAUGGAAAUUAUUGGCUUCAGAGCUAUACAUUGUAUUUAUAAUUCAGCAAAUAAAAGCAGGAAUAAAUGUUUCAGAGCAUGACUUCACACAAAAUAACUCCACAGCCAAACUGGAAUAAAUGCAUUUUACUCAAAUUAUAAAAAAUUGUUUCCUCUUGAUUACACAUGAUCAU